AUGGCAGCGGGAGGCGACCAUGGUGCGCCUUACAGCUACCACUCAUUGCUUGCUUCCYGCUAAGCCAGCCCCGAGAUGUGCUCUGUGUUUAGCAACAGGAACAAAUUCCAGACGUGGUGGCAGCUCUGGCUGUGGCUGGCAGAGGCUGAACAGACAUUGGAUUUGCCUAUAAAUGAACAAAUCCAGGAGAUGAAAUCAAACUUGGACAACAUGGACUUCAAGAUGACAGCUGAAGAAGAGAAGCAAUUGCGACAUGAUGUUAUGGCUCAUGUACAUACAUUUGGCCACUGCUGUCCAAAAGCUGCAGGCAUUAUUCACCUGGGUGCCACCUCUUGCUAUGUUGGAGACAACGCAGACUUGAUUAUUCUUAGAAAUGCUUUUGACCUGCUUUUGCCGAAGCUUGCCAGAGUGAUCUCUCGGCUUGCCGACUUUACUAAGGAACAUGCCCAUCUGCCUACCUUAGGUUUUACACAUUUCCAGCCUGCCCAACUGAUCACAGUUGAAAAAUGUUACUGUCUUUGGAGUCAAGAUCUUUGCAUGGAUCUCCAGAACUUGUGCUCCCAUGGAGUGAAAAGCACCACUGGCACUCAGGCUAGCUUCUUGCAGCUCUUUGAGGGAGAUCACCAAAAGGAACAGCUGGACAAGAUGGUGGUAGAAAAGGCAGGGUUCAAGAGGGCUUUUAUCAUCCCAAGGCAGAUGUACUCACGAAAAGUAGACAUCGAGGCAUUGCCCAUGCUGGCUAGCUUGGGAGCAUCAGGGCACAAGAUUUUCACUGACAUGUGCAAUCUCAAGGAGACGGAGGAGCCCUUUGAAAAACAGCAGAUUGUCUCGAGUGCAAUGCCAUACAAGAGGAACCCCAUGAGCUCAGAAGGCUGCUGCAGCCUUGCCCGUCACCUGGUGACCCUUCUCAUGAAUCCACUGCAGACAGCUUCUGUGCAGUGGUUUGAACGCACACUGGAUGAUAGUGCCAACCCACGAAUCUGGGCAGAUACUAUAUUGAACACACUACACAACAUUUCUGAAGGACUGGUGGUGUACUCCAAAGUCACUGAACAGCGCAUUAGGCAGGAACUGCCUUUCAUGGCUACAGAGAACAUCAUCAUGGCCCUGGUCAAAGCUGGGAGAAGCCGCCAGGAUUGCCAUGAGAAAAUUAGAGUACAGAGAUUCUUAGAAGAGGAGGUAUAUCCCCUGUUAAAACCAUAUUACCUCUGUAGAGUUGGAAGAGAAUUAAAUGAAAAAUCAUUGCUGGUUUGUUAA